UGCAAAGAUGAAGUCAUUUGCAGUCCUCAUUCUGGCAAUCAGCAGCUGUCUUUGUGAUUCUCAAAUUAAAAGCGAUUGUGACAAAAUUUGUGAUGUCUGCUCUUUCACUCGUAUAACUCAAGACCUGGGAGCUGUGGGAGAGAAAGUCACAAACAUUGCGGAUAAAAUAACACUUCUAGAGAUCAAGCUUCAAAAAACUGAAAAAGAAGUCAUGGAUCUGCAGAAACAUAUUGGAGGCAUUCCUCAGGUAGCCUUUUCUGUAGCCCUCCUUGAUUCUGGCUUUGGAAAUACUGGCCCUUUUGACAGUCCUACUCCACUGCGGUACAAGAACAUUUUCUCCAACAUAGGCAGUGGCUACAAUCCUUCAACAGGGAUUUUCACAGCAAUGACCAAAGGAAUGUACUUCUUUCGAUUCUCAAUGUUUAACAACCUCAACUCUGUUCCCAACUCCGUUGUAAGCCUCAUGAAAAAUGGUAAAAGACUGACAUCCGUCUGGGAUACCAGUGGAAGUGAUGCCAAUGACAUGGGUAGCAAUGCUGUGGUCAUCCCUCUCGAAGUGGGAGACAAUGUGUAUGUGGAGCUCCAGGCGAACAGGAUUGUCUAUGACGACAGCAUGAACUACAAUACUUUUAGUGGUUUUCUUCUGUUUACACUGUAAUGUAAAGAACAUGGUUAUAUGCUUGCAUGACUUCUUAUGCACGGUAAGAUAAAUAUAUGCAUUUUCUCGGCUUUUUUCCAAAGGAGUUCAAAGUUUUCAAUGUUUUAUUAUUAUUAUUAUUAUUAUUAUUAUUAUUAUUAUUAUUAUUAUUGUUGUUAUUAUUACGAUUCCUUAUUUUGUUUAUUGAGUAGUGGAGAGUUCAGAUCUGUUCACUGUGUCAUCUAGAUUACAUUUUUAGUUUUGCAAGUCAUAAAACCCUUUAUGUCAAUGAGCUUGCCACUAAUAGGGUGUUUAAAUCAUUUUAAAUUUUUUGUGUAUUGACAGUUUAUGCAAGACCCACAUUUGAAAUUAUCUUGUAGGUUAUGACUUAUCAAGGUUAUUUCUGGAGUUUUAGGGUCCUGGAAAGCUUUGUCAAGCAUAUCUCUAAUGUUUUUACCUCUCUAAUCAUUGGUGGUUCUUUAAAAAUCCCUGGUAAGUUUGGAUCACUUUGAAGGAUAUGCCAAUGUUUUAAAAUUAUUUCUUUAAUGUUCCUGGUGUUUGGUGUAAAGGUUGUGCAAAAGACAAGAUUUAAUUUAAGUUUUGGUUCUGUCAGUCUGAGAAAUAACCUCAACAUCUGGUUUGGGAUUUAUGAGGAAGAUUGUGUGCGAGAAUAUUUUGUUUUUGCUAUUUAAUUUUCUUUUAGAUUGUACCUAUUUAUUAGAUAAGAUUGAAAUGGAUGAAUUAAGAACUAGAAACAGUUUCGGUGAUUUGCAUUGUAAAAUGUCUGAACGGUUAUUAUGAAAUAAACUAAU